UCCGAGACGGAGUCGAUUCGGGUGAGCUGCCAGGCCGCGGCCGCGCCACUCACUGCAGGCUUCUGAACGCUUCUCGGGUCGUUUAAAUGAGCUUAUUGUUUCUCUUCUGUUAACCAGUCUACAGUCACGUCCAUGAGUUCCGGCGGAGCCACCGUGUCCCUGGACCUCAGCGUCUCCGAGGACAUCCUGCCCAGCCUGCCUGAGGAGCCGACCUAUUCAUCCGAGUGGAUGGCGUACCUGGAGUACAUCGACGGCAUGGUGCUGGACAAGCUCACGCAGGCUGUCCAGAGCAGCGUCGGCGUCUUCUUCGAGGAGACGAACCCGGACAAGGCGCUGGACGAGAGCCGGCCGCUGUUCGAGGUGAACCUGGAGCUCAAGGACCCCGACAUUGUGUUCAACCCGUCGCUGGACGACGAGGCGCGGAAGGGCUUCUACCGCCUGGUGGAGGGCCUGCUCUACGACGUGGUGCACAUGAGCGAGCUGAUACCCCGGGUGGCCACGCACAACCCCCGGCCGCACUACCGG